AACGUCAGCAGUCGGCCGGAGAAGGGAAAGACUGUGCAUACACACCUCCUAAGUGUUUAUCGGCGCUUAAUCACUGAUACACAUCGACACACAUUAAUAAUGGGCAGCUAAUCACCUCCGUGUGACUCAGAGCCGCUUCUUCAUUCCGGCGCCUCAGCAGCAUCCCGCGCCCUCCGCCCGGCUUGAAAUGGGAUGAUAUGGGGUUUUUCAUGUCGACGAAGAUCGGAUGGAUUCUUGCCUUUGCCACGGUCUUUCUGUCCUUUGCGGUGCCAGGAGAUUCUGUAGAUGUGAAGUGUGAGAACAUUUAUAAGGACUUCUCUAAAUGUGUCCUGGAGCUGGGAGAGAGCAUGGACAACUACCAGGAGAACGUGACCAGCGAGAGUGGAGUGGCAGCUGUGUGCAGCCACUGGGAAGCUUUCCACACUUGUGCCCUGAAUGCGCUGUCCGACUGUCAGGAGGAAGUCAGCUCCAUCUGGGAAACUCUGAGGCAGGACUCCAGGAAGAUACGCUUCCAGGGAAGUCUGUUUGAUCUGUGCAGUCCCAGCUCCUCUCCCAAUCUAAGUUCACCUGUCAGUGUCCUCAUCCUGCCACUGAUACUGGCCUUGACUGGGCCCAGCUGGGCUUCUGUAUAG